GGUCUUGGUCAGUCCUGGAGAAGGAUGGGCUCCGCCAGGUCGAAAAGAAAUAAAGACCCGAGACACACCAUAUGUUAAGACCGCGCUCUUUGGACUUCGUUAGGUGUUGAGAGGCCAAACCACUACCCCUUCCCAUAUUUCAUACUUCAGGAUAAUAUCAGAUUUCCCUUCUCACAUGCAUGCACGUAUCACACAGAUCGCCAGUAAGGUAUGAUGCGAUAUAAACUGUUCCUAAACACUUGAGGGAAAGUGACUGAAGGAAAGUAAUUUUUAUAUAUAUAUAUAUUUUAAAUGUGGAGAGUGUUUGACAAUGAAUUCAAUAAAAGAUUUUAAAAAUCCGAAGGAAUAAAAAAAUAAUUCGUAAGGCCUUGCCCUCUGCUACAAUUCCUCUUGUGGGAAACUUUUACUCGGAGCUGUUUCUCAUGACUCCGAUAAAAAGCUGAAAGAAGAAUGUUGGGCACAAUAAACUGACUUCUGUAAGCAGCAACUUCUGUUUACUCCUGAAGAAGCAACAAUAAUGCUGAAACACUGUCUUACAGUUCAUUUAUAUCCCUUGCAGUUGCUCAUUCUUUUACCAAGUCUAUAGAAAUAAUCCAAUCAAAAAUAUUUUAUGAAACAAAAUGAUAAGAAUGUCUGCUGAAUCUUUCUACAAUUUAUUGUGAUAUUAUUUAUAAAGAGGAUUUCUUAUAUUUAUCAAUAUAUUUCCAAUAUAUCUGCAGUGAUGAUGGAUUAUUACCAGCUGAAAUGAAGAGUAAUAAAAGAAUUACUGUGUUUAGAAUUUGGUACAAAAGUAAAAACUAACAACUUUAGGAAGAAGAAAUUAACCAAAGUCAGCUGAUGAAUGUUUCUUUUGAAGGAAAAUUCCUCGUUUAUGGAUGAGAAAAAUAUAUAGCUAUGUAUUCUUCUAAAUCUUUGUACAAUCCUACAAUUCUGGACAAUAGCAGCCAACAUCUUGAUAAAUCCUUGUAUAAUGCUUCGAUAUUAGAUGACAACUGUCGAAGACUUGACCAUGAUAUUAUACAGAAAAGCCACCUGGAACAGUCCAGUAUGAAAAUGGGUGUUAUCCCAAGAAGUGAGGAUUCUCAUAAUGAUCACCUAAAGUCCUAUAACAGUCACUAUAGCAGUAAUAGCAACAAUAGCCUCAAAAUGAAAAUAAUAACGUCAGGCUCUUCUGGGUUUCCAUACAUUGCUGAGAAUAAUAUGAACAGGAACAGUGAUAUUAUUACUAAUUCUGAAAACAUCACCACCAACAACGCCAAUACCAAAAACAAGAUAGGGCUUAUUCCUAAUUCUCCUUACAUUGGUAUCAGCCUUAGUAUGAAGAAACCAUAUAAAUGUGGAACCUGUCGUAAAGGUUUUGCUCAACGCGGCCACUUGAUAAACCAUGAAUUAGGUGGCCGGAAGCAUUUUUUCUGUACGUUCUGUAACAAAGCCUUCUCACAGGAGAUUAUACUGCGUAAUCAUGUAAGAACACAUACUGGUGAGCGGCCAUUUCACUGUAGUUACUGUACUAGAACCUUUUGCCAGGUGACUGAAUGGAGAAAUCACGAAAGAACUCAUACAGGUGAGAGACCUUUCAAGUGUGCUCUGUGUCCCAAAGCAUUUUCUCAGCAAGGCAAUAUGAAAAUCCAUAUGCGAACCCAUUCUGGUAUAAAACCAUACAAAUGUGAUACUUGUGGAAAGUGUUUUUCCCAAAAGAAUAAUUUGCGCAAUCAUAUUCGCACCCACACUGGGGAAAAGCCACAUAGGUGUGCAGUUUGUCAGAAAUCCUUUGCUCAGGUGACGAAUCUCAACAAUCAUGAACGGACACACACUCUAGAGGAGUUACAGAGGGUUUUCAUCCAGCAACCUCCUGCUCACGCUCAGCCCAUGAACUCACAUCAGAACUUGUCUAUGACGUCUUCUAUUCCAUCAUCACCAUCAUCUUCUUCAUCAUCAUCUCCUGUUGCAGCGGUUAGCAAUGCAGUAACAGGUUGUAUGUCAUUACCUUCAUCAUCUUCUGGAAUCUCCUCUUCAGUGCCAACUACUGUCCGGCCACAGGUGUUGAAAAUCCCCACCACGUGGAUGAUGUCCAUGGCAAACUCUACACCAUCAUCUUCUUUGUCUUUAUCAUCAGUUUCCUCAGCCAUAUCACCAUCUUUGACAAAUGUCUCAUCAUAUGCACAUCACCCACCACAUACACAUAGCCAUCCUUACCAAACAUCAACAAGUGCACAUUUGCCUCCUUUGCCAACCAUUCCCAUGCCACCCAGCUGGCAAAAUGGUUAUGCUACGUGUUCACCUACAAUGAUCCCAAAUCCGUCUUCAAGGUGGGGCUCUUCUGUAAUGAUGGCCAAUCAGUCGGCAUUUCCAGGAAUGUUACUUCUUGAUGAUGUUAGAACUGAUAUUCAAGACUCCCCUGAAAAUUUAACACAAAGAUGGCAAGUUAAUUCAUAGUGUUAAAGCAAAGAAUAUACAAAUAUGUACAUAUGUAUGAAU